CGCACGGCGGAGGGGAACCCCACCCUGAACUUGGCCUCUAACUCCCUGGACGACAUCUACCGAGGUUGCGUGAAGGCCAUGAAACAGCUUCUCCCAUCCCUGCUGGAAGAAGAGCUGGAGGAGAACCAGCUCUUCCGUGAGGCGUGGGACAAAGCCAAGGAGAUAUGGCUGCAGAUGGAGAACCAAGCAAUCUUCCCCAAGACGUUGAGGGCCCUCUACAGCGUCGCUGUCUUGGCCUACACUUUGCAAGAUCCACCACUCUACCAGUCGUUCAACCUGGAGACCAGAAUGGCAUGGAAGAGCCCCCAGGCAUAUGCUGGCUUUCCCUUCAAGUCCUUGCAUUUCCUCCUGACCCGGGCGGCCAAGAAGCUGGAGCCCAGUUGUGCCAAAGUCUACAGAGGAACCAAGGUGAAGUUCUCCAUCCAGGGUUUCUUCCACCUAGGAGAGAGGCAGAAGGCGGAGCAAUUUGGACACACGACCUUCUUCGUGCUGGUUUCGUGCCAGGGGUUCCUGGUGGGGAAUCUGUCCCGCGUCCCAUGGGAAGAGGAGGCGGUGGUGCCGCCCUACGAGGUGUUCCAGGUCACCAGGGUCAAGGAGACACCAAGGAAGAAGACGGUGCAUGCCAAGUUGGUGGGCGUCUGCAGCAACCGUAACUGCGCCUACCUGGGGAAAGAUGAGGGGGAGGACGCAAGGAGGGACGUGAGUUGUGGAAGGCCACCAGGGAGAUAAAAAUUAGCCCCGAGGGGGUGACAGCUCAGGUCUGGCCCUGGGGUGGGGUGGGGUGAGGAAUAGGACACAGGGCCUUUCCCCUCUAGUGGGUGCUGGCUCCUAUCCCACUCCAGGCCAG